AUGCCAGUGGAACACGGAAGGCCACAUGCAGUGGAUGUGCCAAUUCAAGAUCUAGAUGAUCCUGAAGACGAUAUUUUCAACAACGAAGGCAAUGACUCUGAGUUUCUAGAACCCCUAGACUACGAAAACGAAAAUGUUGACAGCCGACCUCAGCGGUUCUGGAGAAGAAUUCAGGAAUACUUCAACGGACCUGAUUCGUACAAGCCUGGCUCCUACGAAAUGGUGAACACGAGCGGCGUGAAUUCCGAUGAUUUUGAAAUCGGCGAUGAAGAUAGCGAAGGUACUGAUGAAGACAUUGUGGCUAAGAAGAUGAGGGAACGCAAAGCCGCUCGACUCCGUAAGAUGGUGAACUGGGGCAUAUUGGCCUUCACAGCUCUACUAUUCUUGAUGUGGCUUUCCUAUGCAUUUCUUAAACUGGGCGAGGAUUCCGAUAAAAAGACGCAUACGUUUGAUAAGGGAAAACGUGUUCUCUCUAACAGCACUCAUGACUUUUACCCUACAACCAUAAUUGUCUCGCUUGACGGUUUUCACCCACACUACAUUUCUCCUCAGAGAACCCCCGCUCUUCAUGGGAUGAUGGUGAACGAUUACGGUGCACCAUACAUGACUCCAUCAUUCCCGUCCUCAACCUUUCCCAAUCACUGGACCCUUAUAACGGGGCUCUACCCUUCUGAGCACGGAAUUGUGGGUAACACCUUCUUCGACCCAAAGUUGGAGAAACAGUUUGUCAAUACUGAUCCUUCCAAGGGUCUCAACCCUGAUUUCUGGAGGGGCGGCGAGGCGAUCUGGACCACUGCAUUCAACCAGGGGGUGAAGUCGGCGGUUCACAUGUGGCCCGGAAGCGAAGUUCCAGGUAUAGGUGAAAAUGGGCCAAUGGAAGUGGACAAGUUUAACGGCACGGAGUUAUUGACGUCUAAGAUCGACAGAGUAAUGGGGUGGAUUGACCGUGAGGACAUCAAAUCACGGCCAGAGCUCAUCAUGACUUAUGUGCCCACGAUCGACCAGUAUGGUCACAAAUUCGGCAUCAGUGGGCCCAAUCUUGUUGAAGCACUCAAAUACGUGGACGACUUCGUGGCCUUGAUGAUCCAGGAAAUCAAAAGCAGAAACUUGAAUGACAUCGUCAACUUGGUCGUUGUAAGUGACCACGGAAUGGCUCCAACAUCUAACGACAGACUUCUUUUCCUUGAUGAUGUGGUAGACCUUUCAAAGCUCGCACAUAUUGAUGGAUGGCCGCUUUUUGGGUUGAGACCUAAUAAGGAUCACUCAGUGGAUGAGAUUUAUAAUGAGAUCAAGGAAAAGUUCGAGAAGAUUGAUGAAAAAACAAAGAAGGGUUUUAAUUAUUAUAAAGUGGAGGACUUUCCAAAGGAAUGGAAUUUUGGAGGGAAGCUCGAAGAUCAUAAAUUCAACUACCGCUUAGCUCCCAUUUGGAUUGUGCCCAAUACAGGCUAUGCAAUCACGACUAAGCAGCAGUUUAAAGAGAAGGGUGAAAACUACACCCCGAAGGGUGUACAUGGCUACAACAACACCGACAUUCUCAUGAGGGCCAUCUUUUUAGGCAGAGGUCCAUUUUUUAAGGAGAAGCUUUCAGAUAACAAAAAAGUGCUUCCUUUCCCCAACACCAAUGUUUACAAUAUCUUAUGUGAAUCGCUUGAUAUCAAACCUUCUCCAAACAAUGGAACAUUGAACGACGAUUUUGUUAUCUCCUCAAACAAGCUUUUGCCAAGUGAUUGGAGUGACAAUCUGGUGUAUCCAGGGUUGCCAUAUGAGGUUGAACACAUUGUAAAAGAUGCCACUUAUGAUUUGCUUUGGCGAAAGCCAAGUGGGCGCACCAAAAUGACAACAAUAUCGAUAAGUUCAAAUACAAAGCCACAGGAGAGCUUGUCAUCCGAGGAUUCUAUGCUAAAAGACCUUUCAACAGAAUCCCUUCCCAAGCCCAGCGAUUUUGAACAAACAACCACUGAUAAGAGCAAACCAACUUCAGACUCUGAAGACUCAGACUCAGAUAGUGACUCCGAUGAUGAAUCUGACGAGCACGACAAAGAGAAAGAGAAGCAAAAGGAGAAAGAGAAACAGAAGGAGAAAGAGAAACAGAAGGAGAAAGAGAAACAGAAGGAGAAAGAGAAACAGAAGGAAAAAGAGAAGGAGAAGCAAAAGCAAAAGGAGAAGGAGAAGCAAAAAGAGAAGGAGAAGGAAAAGGAAAAGGAAAAGGAGAAGGGUGGUAUCCUCGAUGAUGUUAAGCAACUUGUUGACGAUGUCGCCGAUGCAGUAGAUGAUGGCAUCAGUUCGGUCUGGCAUUUCUUCACUGGAGAUCGUUAG